GCCGCCCGGCCCGGCCCGGCUCCGCUCGCCAUGGGAGAUGUGGUCUCCACGCACCUGGACGAGGGUCGCCGCCAGCACAUCGCGGAGAAGACAGGGAAGGUGCUGGGGGAGUUCUGCAGGUGCUACAAGGAGCAGUACGGGGUAGCUCUGUUCAACAGCGUCCGCUAUGAGAUCGAGGGCAACGGGGGCCCGCAGGCUCAGCUGCUGCACCGCAAGGUCCCACUGGAGGACCAUGUCAUCUACUCAGGCAACAUCUUCCAGUACAUCGAGGACAACAAGAAGUGGAGGAACCGCUUCUGCGUGGUGCCGCACAACUAUGGCCUGGUCCUCUACGAGAACAAACUGGCCUACGAGCGGGAGCUGCCGCCCCGCGUGCUGGUCAACAGUGCCGGCUACAAAGUCCUCACCUCCGUGGACCAGUACCUGGAGCUGGUGAACAACAGCCUGCCUGGUGUGACCCCCAAAUCGGGGCACUCGCCCAUCCUGAAGUGCCCCACGGAUUUCCCCCUCAUCCUCUGGCACCCCUAUGCCAGGCACUACUAUUUCUGUGUCAUGACGGGCAAGGAGCAGGACAAGUGGCGCGCGGUGUUCCAGGACUGCGUCCGGCACUGCAACAACGGGAUCUCUGAGGACUCCAAGGUGGAGGCUCCAGCCUUCACGGACGCCGUGCGGAUGUACCGGCAGUCCAAGGAGCAGUACGGCACCUGGGACAUGCUGUGCGGGAACGAGACACAGGUCCUGAGCAACCUGGUGAUGGAGGAGCUGCUCCCCGAGCUCAGGAGCGCCAUCGGCCCGCGGCUGAAGGGGAAGGCUCCGGAGCGCCAGCGGACCUGGAUCCAGAUCUCAGAUGCCGUGUACAGGAUGGUCUAUGAGCAGACCCACGCCCAGUACGAGGCUGCCAUGGCGCGGUGCGAGCAGGAGCGGCCCCAGCUGGAGAGCACCAUCCGCACGGACAUGGACCAGAUCAUCACCUCCAAGGAGCACCUGGCCAGCAAGAUCCGAGCCUUCGUGCUGCCCAAAGCAGAGGUCUGUGUCAGAAACCACGUCCAGCCCUACAUCUCCUCCAUCCUGGAGGCCCUGAUGACCCCCACGAGCCAGGGCUUUGCCGAGGUGAGGGAGGUGUUCUUCAAGGAGGUGACAGAUAUGAACAUGAACGUUGUCAACGAGGGUGGCCUGGAGAAGCUGGCAGAGUACAUGGAGAAGCUGUCCCACCUGGCCUUCCACCCCGUGAAGAUGCAGUCGUGCUACGAGAAGAUGGACCAGCUGAAACUGGAGGGUCUCCAGCAGCGAUUCGAUGUCUCCAGCACAUCUGUCUUCAAGCAGAGGGCCCAGAUCCACAUGAGACAGCAAAUGGAUGAUGCCGUGCACACCUUCGAGACGCUGCUGCACCAGGAGCUGGGGAAGCUGCAGGGCAAGGACGAGCUGUGCAAGUCCAUCCAGCGCAUCCUCGAGAGGGUGCUCAAGAAAUUUGACUACGACAGCAGCACUGUGAGGAAGAAGUUCUUCAGGGAGGCCCUGCUGCAGAUCACCAUCCCCUUCCUGCUGAAGAAGCUGGCACCCACCUGCAAGGGGGAACUGGCCAAGUUUCAGGAGCUGAUCUUUGAGGACUUUGCCAGCUUCAUCCUGGUGGAGAACACCUACGAGGAGGUGGUGCUGCAGUCGGUCAUGAAAGACAUCAUGCAAGCCGUGAAGGAGGCGGCGGUGCAGAGGAAGCACAACCUGUACCGGGACAGCAUGGUCAUGCACAACAGCGACCCCAACCUGCACCUGCUGGGCGAGGGCAUCCCCAUCGACUGGGGCGAGGAGUACCCGGGGCAGCCCGAGCCCGAGCCGGCCGGGCAGGGCGACCGGCGCCGCAGGGCCAAGCAGGUGGUGUCGGUGAUCCAGGACGACGAGGGGGCCCUGCCCUACGAGAUGGGCAGCGAGGCGCUGCUGCAGCCCCGCUCCCCUGAGCUGCAGGAUCCCGGAGCGCCCCGCGGCUCCCCGGAUGGGGUGAGGGAGAUCCGGGAGGCGCUGGCACAGGAGAGCCUCGGGGACGGCGCCGGGCGGGAGGAGGAGGAGGAGGAGGAGCAGCUGACGAACGGCAGAGAGAGCGGUGCCAGCGAGGAGGGGGUGGCAGGGUCUGUGCCAGGGGAUGUCACCCCCCGGCGUCCUGCCAGGGAAGGGGACGGGGUGCACCGCCCCUCAUCGGCAUCACCGGGAGCCGAGGCCCCGUCUGGGGCUGGGAUGAGACGUGCUGCACCAGCACCGCCUGUGCCCGGAGCUGAGGGCACACCAGGGGCUGGGGGGCGACGUGCCACACCAACAUCACCUGCCCCUGGAGCUGACGUCCCAUCAGGGGCUGGGGAACAACGUUCUGCACCAACAUCUCCUGUCCCUGGAGCUCAGAUCCCAUCAGGGGCUGGGGAACAGCGUCCUGCACCAGCAUCUCCUGUGCCCAGGGCUGAUGUCCCAUCAGGGGCUGGGGAACCAGCAUCUCCUGUCCCUGCACCAGCAUCUCCUGUGCCCAGGGCUGAUGUCCCAUCAGGGGCUGUUGUGCCACAGGCCACGCCAAGAUCAUCCUUGCUGUCAUCCCCUGUGCCCGGAGCCGAUGUCCCCUCAGGGGCUGAGGUGCCACAGGCCACACCAAGGUCAUCCGUGCCGGCAUCACCUGGAGUCAACGUCCCACCGGAGCCCAGCCUGCACCACGCUGCACCAGCAUCCCCCAAAGCCCGGGCCGAUGUGCCAGCAGAGGUGCCCCACGUCACACCAGCAUCAUCACCUGCCCCCGGAGCCGAGGGUGCCGGGACAGCGUGUCACCAGCCCAGCGACCAGGAGACGGGCGAGGAUGUGGCCCCUCCAGGCCCCCCGCAGCCCACGGGCACCACAGAGAGCGGUGAGGGGGUGCAGACUGAGUUCUAGCCCUGCUGUG